AUGCAUGAUAUCAACUGGAGGUUACUAGCCCUGUCUGCAGUGUUAGCAGUUACUGCUAUUUUCCAGAUGGGCUACACGAACGCAUACCCCAAUACCGCAAUAGGUAGUUUCCGGUUAUUUAUGAAUGAAUCUGCUGAGGAACCAAUGACAAUGUCAAAAAGUGAAUUUGAAUGGGCAUGGUCCGCAAUGUUAGCUGUUUAUUUUAUUGGGUUUGCCACCGGAAGUAUAAUAUCAGCAAGUAUUGCGGAUAGAAUAGGGCGAAAAUGGACUUUAUUCUUGGGAACAUGUGGAAGUUUGCUAUCGGCUAUUAUUGCAUUAUUCGCAAUAAUUUUGAAGAUGUCAAUGAUGUUUGGUUUCUCAAGACUUGUUAUGUCUCUUUCCGCCGCAAUUUCUAUGAAUGGAUUGAUAUUAUUAUUUCAAGAGAGCUCGCCAACCCAUAUGAAAGGUUUGAUCUCAUUCAAUGCGGAAAUGGCUUUCGUUGUGACUAAUCUGAUUGGAGGACUAUUCGGAAUGCAAGCAAUCUUAGGCCAAAAUCUAGUCGGACUUAUAGCAGUUUCCAUAAUACCGUCUUCAAUUGCUUGUUUCUUGUCGGCGUUUCUCAAGGAGUCACCAAAAUAUUUGUUCUUGAAGAAGAAUGAUGCGACAGAAGCUGGAAGAGCACUAAGAUUCUACCAAAAUAUAAAAAAUGAAGAGGAAAAACUGAAUGUUCUGAAUGAUUUGAAGCUAGAAAGAGAGGAAAUGCAGAACCAACGAAGUGGAUCUAUAUUUGAUAUCAUGUCUAACCAACCCGUCCGUCGAGGAUUCUUACUUGGGUUUGCUACAAUGCAGCUAACAGCGUCUGUUUGGCCUGUCAUCUUCUACUCAACUGAUUUCCUGAUGGAGGCUGGUUUUUCAUAUGACCUAUCGGAAAGUGUCUCCACUGGAAUGCUUUUCUUGAGCACUCUGAGCACUAUUGCUGGUAUGUUCAUUGUUGAGAAAUUCUCACGGAAAUGGUUGCUAAUUGGAACUGCUAUUGUCAAUGUGGUGGCCAUCCUUGGGUUUGCAAUGAGUGCAAUUCUAUCGGAAUAUUGGAGUCCAAUUGCAUAUGGAUGCAUUGUUUGUCUUAUUCUUCAUGGCGCAUCUUACAGUGUUUCAAUGGGUCCAAUCGCGUGGUUUAUAACAUCAGAGUUGGUACCUAUCAAUUUUAGAGCAACUUCACAAUCUCUUGUGCUAGCACUCAAUCAUACAGUUGCUCUGAUUCUUGCAUUCUUGACAUUCCCACUUUACAAAACAAUAGGUCCUGUCACAUUGGUCAUUUUCUUUGUGAUACCGGGAGCUGUAUGCAUACUGAUGCUGAUAUUGUAUCUACCGGAGACCAAGGAUAAACAUAUCAACGAGAUAGUGGAACAAUUGAAAGAUUCAAAAGCUAGAAGAAAACAAUCACGAGCAGAGGAAAAUGAAGAAAGCUAUGGAAUGAAUAAAUUAGGAUAG